AUGAUUAAGUCGGGUAUUCUACUGGUACUUGUCUGCAGUUAUCAUUCCUCGUUGGCUGGAUAUAUUGGUGGCGGUGGCGGUUAUUAUGGUGGCCAUGGAGGAGGAGGUGGUGGCGGAGGCGGUGAAGGUGGAUAUGGUUUAGUAGCUGCUCCGGUUGUGGAAAAAGUUAUAUAUGCUAAAGUGGCCCCAGCCCCAGUAAUCAAAGUGGUUUAUGGCGGUUAUGGUGGUGAAGGAGGUUUUGGUGGCUAUGGAGGUGGCGGUGAGGGUGGUUAUGGCGGUGGUGGAGGAGGAGGCGGUAAAGCUGGUGGUGGAGAAGGAGGUUAUGGGGGCUAUGGCGGAGGAGGUGGUGGUGGUAAAGCUGGUGGUGGCGGAGGAGGCGGUGAAGGAGGUUAUGGUGGUUACGCUGGUGGAGGAGGUGGUAAAGGUGGUUAUUCAGGUGGAUUUGGUUUUGGCAAAGGAGGUUUUGGUGGCUACGCCGGUGGUGGUGGCGGAAAAGGCGGUUAUGGAGGCUAUGGUGGCGGAGGUGGUAAAGCUGGUGGUGGCGGCGGAGGUGGUGAGGGUGGUUAUGGAGGCUAUGGCGGUGGUGGCGGAAAAGGCGGUUAUGGAGGCUAUGGUGGCGGCGGUGGUAAAGCCGGUGGUGGUGGCGGAGGUGGUGAUGGUGGUUAUGGAGGCUAUGGCGGCGGUGGUGGUGGUGGCAAAGCUGGUGGUGGUGGAGGAGGUGAAGGAGGUUUUGGUGGUUACGCUGGGGGUGGAGGAGGUAAAGGAGGCUAUCUCGGUGGUGGUGGCGGAGGAGGCGGUGGUAAAGCCGGUUAUUCUGGGGGAGCAGGUUAUUAUACUGUCUCCUAUGGCGGUUGGUAA